AUGGAGACAUGUUUCGAGAAGCCGUGCUGUUCGGCGAGAGUUGAGGUGCCCCCGGAAGUUAUUGAAGCGGCGCGAAUGGAACUGGGAGGGGAUCCUGCAGAUGACAUAGGCAGUGGGGAUGUUGAGCCGCAGCCCUCCAUCGCUGCGUCGAUGUCACCCUUCGGCGGCCUCGAUUCCCCGUCGGAAUCCUCGCAGCGAUGGACCGGGUUAGGUAGUCCUACACUCAGUUCUCCGGCCGUGGUUUCAAGGACUCUGACCAAGGAGGGUAGGCUCGUUUCGGGCGGUUACUCCACGGUGGAUGCCGAGAUCAUUUGGGGCAUCCCUCUCCGUCGCUCUCUGAAAGGGCUGGGGCGGAUCUGGCGCUACCAGCCGUCCAAGUGGACAACCGCCCAGCGUGCUGCAUGCCACAAGCUUUCGCAGAAGGCGCAGUCCUUCGACGUGUUCCUCUCGCACACGUGGCAAACGCCUGGUUGGCACAAGGCUGUAGCUCUCUCCUUUCAAUGUGGAUGGCGAAGCACGUUUGCCCUUUGGUGCGUGGCGGAGGUCGUGUCCACGGCUUUAUGCUUCAUGGAUGUGCUACCCAUGCCGUUGCCAUACAAGGCAAACGUCAUAGGGUUCACAGAGGAGUGUUCCAUGGGCCUGUGGGUUUACGGAUUCGGAGCUCUCGCCCUCGUCUCGGGCUGGUUUCUGACGCCCUACCUGCCGGAUCUUUGCAGCCAACCGGACCUAGGAUUCGUCGAUGUGGUCAGCAUCGACCAGGAGGACCGUGAGCUCAUGGAGCGGGGGGUGUACGGCAUUGCAGGGUUCUUGCGCAUUUCCUCGGAGCUCCGCAUUCUUUGGAGCGCACCCUACCUGUCCCGCCUUUGGUGUGUCUUUGAACUUGCGGCGUACAGGAAGGUGAACCCCACUGGCAUCAUGAGCUUCCGGCCGCUAUUUGUGGAGAGGAUUUUCCUGCUGCUCCUCCUCUCUUGCCUGACCUUCGGCCUGUACGUGCUUGGGAGGUCGGGCGAUGAAUAUCGGUUCACGAUCUAUAUUGCAUUCGGCAGCUUCUACGUGCUCAACGGGUUUGCGACCGCCCUCCUUCGGAGCAACUACCGGGAGAAACACCAUCUGCGACGGGAGCUGCGGCAGUUCGAUCUAGAUCAAGUCUCGUGCAUGCACGAGUUUGAUCGAGAGUUCAUUCAUUCCGCGAUCUCCAAGUGGUAUGGGAGCAAGGAAGCCUUCACGAAGUUCGUACGUGAGGACCUGCGGCAGGAUCUGGAACCCUGCCUGGCCAAACGCUUUCCCUUCAGAUACCUUAUUCUCCUCCAGGCGGCUCUGGUGUCGGUCAGUAUGGAGUUCUUCUUGGCCAUGUGGAAGGGUGGGGCCCCUUUCGAGGGUUUGUUGUCCUUUGCCUUAGCGGUUCUUUUGGGGGUGGACGUCUUUGUCGGCACUUGCCUCGCUAUAAUUUUGAACUACCUCACGGAUCGGUUCGCUGCGCGUCGUUUUGGCCGCUUCGACCAUGUGCAGACAUUUCUGAUCAUUUCGUUUGUCGGCCCCAUCUUCUACUACUCGAACAAUCUUGCAGUUGCGGCCUAUGCCUCCAGCCUGGAGCAUUCCAUCCUUUUCGCGGUGGUCUCCGGUGUGGCGGCCGGCUGCUUGUGCUGGCUGGAAAUGCGCACACCCAUGCCGGACAUUAGCGAGCCGCUAUGA